CCCCUCUCGAGAAACCUGUUCACAACCAGCCAAAAUCCCUCUCUCUCUAAAAUAAACUGCAUCUCUCGCACCUACAACGCCCAAGGAAAAACUCUCUCUCUCUAUCAUUUGCCCCUUCUCUCUCUCCAUUUAAAACCUCAUCAAUCAAUCCAGAACCAGUCAUCAAAAGAAAGGCUCACAAAACCAAACCCUCCCCAUCAAGCCCCAGAACCCAACCUCUCACUUAAAAACCCCCAAAAUUUGAUCGCUUCUCUCCCUCUCUCUCUCUCUGGUCAUGGGCUUACCCAGCACCAGCAAGAUCUCCAGAUCGACCCCAUCUAAGCUUUCUCUCUCUAACAAUCCCCCUCUCACCACUUCCACAUCCUCGACCCAGACCAUCAAUGGUUCCCAUCACUUCAAUAUCACAGGCUAUUCUCUCUCUAAAGGCAUGGGGGUUGGCAAAUACAUACCCUCUGAUACUUUUGAGGUUGGUGGUUAUCUAUGGGCCAUCUAUUUUUACCCUGAUGGCAAGAGUUUAGAGGACAAUUCGACCUAUGUCUCUCUCUUCAUCGCCCUAGCGAGCGAGGGAACAGAUGUUAGGGCAUUAUUUGAAUUGACGCUAUUUGAUCAGAGUGGGAAGAACAAACACAAAGUCCAUAGUCAUUUUGGAAGAACCCUAGAGAGCGGGCCUUAUACCCUAAAGUAUCGGGGUAGUAUGUGGGGAUACAAGAGGUUUUUCAAAAGAACUUCUCUGGAGGCAUCAGACUAUCUCAAGGAUGACUGCCUUUCGGUACAUUGCAGUGUGGGCGUUGUUCGUUCUCACACUGAGGGGCCAAAACUUUACACCAUUCCUGUUCCUCCUUCAAACAUUGGUGAACAUUUUGGGAAGCUUUUGGAAAGUGGACAGGGAGCAGAUGUGAGCUUUGAGGUUGAUGGGGAGAUAUUUCCUACUCAUAAGUUGGUUCUUGCUGCUCGUUCCCCUGUUUUCAGGGCGCAGCUCAUGGGUCCAAUGAAGGACCAAAAUACGGAUUGCAUUAAAGUUACGGACAUAGAGGCACCGGUCUUUAAGGCCUUACUCCAUUUUAUUUACACAGAUACACUACCAGACAUGCAAGAACUCACUGGCUUAACUUCGAAAUGCGCUACCACCCUAAUGGCCCAGCAUUUGCUAGCUGCUGCUGAUCGUUAUGGCAUGGAAAGGCUUAGGUUGCUAUGUGAAGUUAAACUUUGCGAGGACAUCAGUAUCAACACAGUGGCAACCACGUUAGCCUUGGCAGAGCAGCACCACUGUUUCCAGCUGAAAUCUGUGUGCCUCAAGUUUGUGGCCUUACCCACCAAUCUGAGAGCGGUUAUGCAGACCGAGGGGUUCGAAUAUUUGAAGCAGAGCUGCCCACCUGUUCUUACCGAGCUUCUAGAAUAUGUGGCAAGGGUGGGGGAGCAUUCGAUUAUAACAUGUCGGCACCAAAACGAGGCUUUUGAUGGGACUGAUAGCAAUGGAAGGCGUGUAAAGCAAAGGACAUAGCGAACAGGUUCAGGGUCUCGAAAAUAUUUUGACCUUCAUUAAUAAAAAAGGGGAAAAAAGGAAAAAAGAACUUUGUUAACCAUUCUCUUAGCUUUGUCUUCUAGGGUGUAAAGUCUGUCCUUCCUUGAUUGGCAGUCUUAACAUGAGAGCCUUAGUGUACUAGUGAACCUCUUUCCAUUUCUGUGUUGGGAUGAAGGAAGGUGUAAACCAUUGUGACUUUACCUCUUGUAUGAUUACUAAUGUGUUAUAUUCUCAUUCAACUUUACUAAUGUGCUAUUUUCUCAUUCAACUUUUAGUCUCCUGAUUUUACCUGUUGUUUGUUCACA